AUGGGAAAUUAUAUUUCCAGUCUUCUUGUUAACAGCACUCAUCGCCCAUCAUGGUUUGGUUUACUCCACUCAUUAUUAGGAUGUAUUGGAAGUCGAGUUGAGAUGGAAAUAGAGGUAGAUUAUUAUCAUCUGAAAGGAACCAAACUUGUAGUGCUCGCUCUUAAUCGAAAUAACACUAGUCGACCACGUUGUGCCUCAUUUUUCUCAUCUUUAUCAGAUUUUCAAGAAUGAUGCGUUAUUUAUAUGAAAGAAACUAGGCUAACUGCUCAAAAUAAAGCUCUUUACGACAAUAAUUCCGAUCAAAUGAUCAAGGGAUUCAUUUGUUUACAGGACAUUUCAAGCGAAGCUGCUGAAGCACUUCGACUUUCGCAACAUAAACAAUCUAUGUUAUUUUGGAGCUGUCGAAGAAUGUUGGUCCCAGUUGAAGACUUUCGUUCAGGAGUCAGCUAA